CUUGUCCACAUUCGUUCACUAUUCCCUUUGUAUGGGUCGUAAGAAGAAAGUCGAGCGGGAGGUAUACCACGUCGAGGUUAUCACCAAAGCUCGUGUCAGUGAGGAAGGAGACUGGGAAUAUUAUGUCAAAUGGGCAGGCUACGACUCCGAUGCAGACACUUGGGAGCCAACAAAUAAUGUGAAACAAUGCGAACGGCUCUUGUGCAGCUUUUGGGAUCAUGUUGGUAAUGACGACGACGACGAUUACGCCGUCGGAUUCGAGAUUACGGCGAAGGACCAUUGGAUAGAGCAAGAGAAGGAGUUCUUCGCGACGCAGUUCUCAGAAGAAGCAAAUCGCAAAAGCGAAAAGGAUAUGAAUAAGCCACCGAUCAAGCAGACUUUAGAGCCAAAGCUGCCAAAGCAAGUCGAGAAAGAUACUCAUAGGUUAAAAGAGCCCGAUAUCCCUCUCAAGCGGAGAUCUCCGGUCGCGAAGACGUUGGCACCGCGAGGGAAAAAGCGUAACAAUACACUGAUCAGUUCAGAUUCAGACUCCGAUUCAUUGGACGAUCGCCCAUUAAAACAGCGGCGGAAAUAUACUCACUCAAAGUCGCGGAGCACUACAGCAGACAAGGAACACUCAUCAGCGGCCUCCUCCCCUAGUAUGUUCACCGAACAAUCAUCUCGUCCCCUUCCGCCACCACCAAGGCCAUCGACAUCUUCUGCCACACCAUCAGUGAAUGUACCUCGCCCACCCAAAAUACAGACCGUUCGGACUCACCAAGAUCAAAGGAGCAACCCUCUUGUCAAGACUAUAGAUCUUCCCUCGAAGGCGGUUCAAUCUGGGAGUACUCUAUCAACGAAGCAACGUAUAGCAGCGGGAUCAGGCCCUUCCGUAGCACCCAAGCCGAAGCCACUGCAGACAAUUCCGAAACUUCUGACCGGUUUGUCAUUCAAGAAGAAACCCCUUGAAGCAAAAGAUCCUUCGUCUGCAACUAGUCCAUCCUUCAAGGAUUCUUUCGAGAACGAGCCUUUAUCAGCAAGUGGUAUGCAACCGUCUGGUCCAUCCACUAAAGAGCCUUUGUCCACAAUUAGUUCCUUUGAGGAACCUUUCGAGAAUGAACAUUUUGCGGCGACUGAUGCGGAAUCGUCUGAUCCUUCCACUACAACACCCGUCGGAGUUGGCCCGUCUUCAGCCACACCGCAGAUGAUAGGGGAGCCCUCUACCAUUGUUUCGGGCUGGGAAUAUAAUACAGAGAUGUUUACGGCUGCAGAUGACGACCUUCCCCUUCCCUCACCUGCACCUCUGUAAGUGCGCUCGCGUAUCAUCAGACAUAUCCAUUU